UCACGUGACCGGCGCGUCACGUGGCGGCGGGGCGGGCGGCGCCAUGGCCGCGCACCUGUGCUACGGGCGCGUGAAUCUGAACGUGCUGCGGGAGGCGGUGCGGCGGGAGCUGCGCGAGUUCCUGGACAAGUGCGCGGGCAGCAAGGCAAUAGUUUGGGAUGAGUAUCUCACAGGACCGUUUGGCUUGAUUGCACAGUACUCACUUCUAAAGGAACAUGAGGUGGAGAAAAUGUUCACACUCAAAGGAAGCCGCUUGCCAGCAGCCGAUGUCAAAAAUAUCAUUUUUUUCGUCAGACCCCGGCUAGAACUGAUGGAUAUAAUUGCUGAAAAUGUGCUUAGUGAAGACAGACGUGGCCCCACAAGAGAUUUCCACAUCUUGUUUGUGCCCCGGCGUAGCCUGCUGUGUGAGCAGCGGCUGAAGGACCUGGGCGUCCUGGGCUCCUUCAUCCACAGGGACGAGUACAGCCUGGACCUCAUUCCCUUCGACGGGGACCUUCUCUCCAUGGAGUCGGAGGGCGCCUUCCGAGAGUGCUACCUGGACAGCGACCAGACGAGCCUGUACCACGCGGCCAAGGGCCUGAUGACACUGCAGGCCCUGUACGGGACCAUCCCCCAGAUCUUCGGCAAGGGCGAGUGCGCCAGGCAAGUGGCCAAUAUGAUGAUCAGGAUGAAGAGAGAGUUUACAGGAAGCCAGAAUUCCAUAUUUCCUGUUUUUGAUAACCUCUUGUUGCUUGAUCGAAAUGUGGAUUUAUUAACGCCCCUUGCGACUCAGCUGACAUACGAGGGACUCAUCGAUGAAAUUUAUGGCAUCCAGAACAGUCAUGUAAAGCUGCCGCCCGAGAAAUUCGCCCCAAAGAGGCAGGGUGAUGGGCAGGACCUGCCCACAGAGGCCAAGAAGCUGCCGCUGAACUCAGCCGAGGAGCUCUACGCCGAGAUCCGUGACCGCAACUUCAAUGCCGUGGGCGCCGUGCUCAGCAAGAAGGCCAAGGUCAUCUCGGCCGCCUUUGAGGAAAGGCACAACGCCAAGACGGUGGGCGAGAUCAAGCAGUUCGUCUCCCAGCUACCCCACAUGCAGGCGGCGCGGGGCUCCCUGGCCAACCACACCUCCAUCGCCGAGCUCAUCAAGGACGUGACGACAUCUGAAGACUUCUUUGAUAAGUUAACCGUGGAGCAGGAGUUUAUGUCCGGAAUAGACACCGAUAAGGUCAACAGUUAUAUCGAGGACUGCAUCGCCCAGAAGCAUCCGCUCAUCAAGGUGCUCAGGCUCAUUUGCCUGCAGUCGGUGUGCAACAGUGGGCUCAAGCAGAAGGUUCUGGAUUAUUACAAAAGAGAAAUUCUCCAGACAUACGGCUACGAGCACAUCCUGACGUUACAGAACCUGGAGAAGGCCGGGCUGCUGCGGCCCCAACAGGGGGGCAGGAACAGCUACCCCACCAUCCGGAAGACCCUGCGCCUCUGGAUGGACGAUGUGAAUGAGCAGAACCCCACGGACAUCUCAUACGUGUACAGCGGCUAUGCCCCGCUCAGCGUGCGGCUGGCCCAGCUGCUCUCUCGGCCUGGUUGGCGCAGCAUCGAGGAAGUUCUGCGCAUCCUCCCGGGCCCCCACUUCGAGGAGCGGCAACCGCUGCCCACGGGCCUGCAGAAGAAACGUCAGCCAGGAGAAAACCGAGUGACUCUGGUUUUCUUCCUGGGGGGUGUCACCUUUGCCGAGAUCGCCGCCCUGCGCUUCCUCUCCCAGCUGGAGGACGGAGGCACCGAGUACGUGAUCGCCACCACCAAACUGAUGAACGGCUCCACCUGGAUUGAGUCCCUCAUGGAAAAGCUUUUCUAGGGCAUGCGGAGGAAGCUGCCUCUGAAGAGCCCAGCACUCAGCGCAGAAGUUCCUCUGGAGUCAGACUAUGAGGUCAGACUGUCCCUCAGCCCUGCUUCUGCUUCUGCAUUUCUCUUUGAGGAGACGAGAACCCACUGAGUAAAGAAAGCACCAGUUGUG